AAAUGCUAAAAGCUGAACUUCGAGAGAACUACUGACACAUAUAGGCUGUGACACCAACUUGAACGCGAAUACAUAUGUGCCUUUAACAGCUAUGGAUGAAUAAGGAGCUGAAAGGACUACCAUUUCAAAUAUCUGGAAAACCAAAUAAUAAUCAUGCCUCCACGGCCAGAUGACGAUCUCUCCAAACUGGAGCAGUUGGACGAAGAUCACAUCUUACAAGCUUUAAGAAGAAGAAAUAUUCUUGACAACAAUUAUACCUACAUCGGAGACAUACUCAUAGCCGUGAAUCCGUGCAAACCUGUUCGCAUAUAUGAAGAAGAGCAUCACGAAACUUACAAGAAUGUGUUGGCCCGGGACACACUGCCUCCGCACCCGUUCUGGGUGGCUGAUCGAACCACCACGGAGGUGCUUCAGACGAGUCGGAACCAAUGUAUACUGGUCAGCGGCGAGUCGGGCGCGGGAAAAACCGAGACCACAAAACAUAUAUUGAGUCAUCUGGUGCAUCUAGCGCCGAACACAUCCUCAAGUCUUCUGGACAAAAUUGUCAAGGUUAAUCCAUUAUUGGAAGCUUUCGGCAAUGCUUCUACCUCAAUGAAUACAAACUCAAGUCGGUUCGGCAAAUUUAUCGAACUCUUUUACAGAAACGAUGGUUCUAUAUCAGGAGCAAAACUUCACGACUAUCUCUUGGAGAAAUCUCGCGUUAUUCAUCGAUCACCCGGCGAGAAGAACUUCCAUGUGUUUUACUCCCUGUUUGCUGGGAUGUCAGAAGAAAAACUGCUGUAUUAUUACCUCCAGAGGCCAGACGAACACAGAAUUUUAUCCGAUGAAGAUGGCAGCCAUGGUGUUUUUGGAAGCUCAGAAGAACAUAGUCAUUAUAAAGAAAUGUUUUUAGAGUUGAUGGACAUCAUGACGUCACUGGGCCUGACUGAUGACCAAAUAUCUCAGAUAUUUUUGGUUCUGGCUUCCAUACUUCAUGUCUCAAACCUGUCGUUUGUCCCGUGGGAGGAGACCGGUGGGGUGAAGAUCGCGGAUGAGUACACGCUCCACGCUGUGGCCAAUCUGCUCUCUUUAGACAACAGAGUAGAGCUAGCUGAAGCUUUGAUAUCCAGCGUGCAUUUCAUCAGAGGAGAGAGAAUACAAACGUUUAAAACAACUCACCAAGCCAAUGACAGUCGAGACGCCUUGGCCAAAACACUUUACCUCAGAUUGUUUGGUUGGCUGGUUGGAAUCAUCAACCAGUUGAUUAGACCAGCCAAUAUGGACUUCGGGAAAUCCACGGUCGGUAUUCUGGACAUGGCGGGCUUUGAGAAUUUCCAGACGAACAGAUUUGAACAGUUUCUGAUUAACGCUUCCAAUGAGCGUUUGCAGCAGUAUUUCGUGGAACACAUCUUCCCCCAAGAGAGGCGCCAAUACGAGCUGGAGGGUUUAAAAUGGACAGAAAUCGAUUACCCAGACAAUGAAGCCACCAUCAAACUUAUUUUCGAGAAGCCACACGGCAUGCUUCCCCUCUUAGACGAUGAGACCAACUUCCCGCAAUCAUCUGACGAGACCUAUAUCAAAAAGUUAGACAAGCUGUGUGAUGAGAACGACAGGUACAUCAGCUCUCUUAACGGCCGGACAGGCAAUGUCGGCUUCGGUGUAAAGCAUUUUGCCGAGCAGGUAUGGUACGAUGCUGACGGGUUCCUUGAAAAAAACAGAGAUUCCAUCAACAGCGAUCUGCUGUCCAUCAUUAUGUCGAGCAAAAACCACUUCAUCGCCGACCUUUUCGUGGCGUCCAUGUCAGAAACCGGAACAAUUUCAGGGUUCGCCAGCACGCACAAAAUGCGAACAGGCCUACCUGAGUUCUGGCUGUCUUCCAUAGAGCCGAAGAAACUUAAAGACAACCUCUCCAGAAAAGCAUCGAUGAAGAUCAAAGAAAAGCUAAAACUUGCCACUCCAGAAGGCUUGUCAACUCCAAAGGAUCGAACACUUACUUCAAGCACGCUCUCGAAACAUUUCAAGAGAUCUCUGGGAGAUUUGAUGACAAAGUUGUCGAAAGCAGAACCGCUGUUCAUCAGGUGCAUAAAACCCAAUCCCACCCUCACUCCGGGACGAUUUGACGACAAACUGGUGUUGAGACAACUUCAGUACAAUGGACUCAGGUCAAUUGCUCAACUGCGCAGGUCCGGAUAUCCGGUUAGGAUAAAGUUUGAAGAUUUCAACUCGAGGUACGAGUGUCUUGGCGUGGACCUUUCCGGAAGUCAAACUCCACCAGAUAACUGUGAGAGUGUCUUACUGAAGGCUAACAUUACCGGAUAUGCUUUAGGAAGAACCAAGGUUUUCUUAAAGUUGGAGCACAGAGAAAAGUUGGAUGCAUUGGCACAGAAAGCGCUGAGCGAGUCCCACUUAAGUGUAGCCUCCAUCGACUAUUCUGAUCGACUGUCGGCUGUUGACGAAGAGGAUACCAUGAGCUUAGCCAGCACGACCAGAACGCAUGCAUCCGCUAGCGACUCCGCCAUCGAGCUCAACGACUUAUCGUCCACCGGAAAUGGAUCGACAUCGAAACUUCCGGCGCCUUCCAAGAAGCUGCAGAUGAGAAUCCAAGAGCGCAGGAAGAAAGCGCCAAACAUUUCUAUCGACACGCGUCAAAAGAGAUCAAAGAAAACGCAGCCUAUCCAAGAACCAAAGCCAUACGACGUCUUCCAGAACACAGAGCGUGAAGUCGAAGACGCCGGAGAGAUUUGGAAGAACAUACUCAAGGUGUUACGUCUGAUCGUAUACGUUAUCCUGUUGGUGGCCUUAUUCCUAGGCGCUGUUUCCAUUAAGGUGUCCCUCCUUCUGCUGGCGUCACAAGUUAAGAAGUCAUCCACCCGGGUCAAUGAGUACGCAACAUUGUUGCUAUUCUGUAUCUGUGCUCCCGUUGCUGUCACGUGGUUAUUUAGCUUAAUGCGGGCAUUAUUUGGGUACAAGGAAUGGCCGUCUCUUCUCAGUUUUACGGGGUCAUGGCUGAUAGAGAUGCUUCACACGCUCGGUGUUUGCAUCUUAGUCUUCCGUAUUCUUCCAUCGACGACUUUCCUAAAUGGAAUAAUUAUAUGCUUGGCGCUGUGCCAAGUACCGGCAUUCCUGAAAGUCAUGACGUACUGCAAACGUCCCAACCAAGGCUGGAGAGGAUGGCUUCUGACUGCACUUAAUCUAGUCGCGCUUUUGGUUCAAGUGGCCGCGAUUCCAUUUUUCAUGCUAUUUAACUUCUUAAACGCAAACGGUGCGCAAUGGACAGACGCUGCUGGCAUGCUGAAAACAUUUUCGGCGCCCUCACUGUCGAUAAGCUGGGAGCUGCCUGUCGCCAUUCUGUGCAUCUCUUUGAGCUGGUGGGAAAACUUCGUCGCGGAUGAUUGGGAAUUUUUCUGCGGAAAACUCAGAGUACCCGUUCUCCAGUGGAAAAUCACCAUGCACGAGACGCGGGACACGACCUACAUGCUGGUUGGUCCGUUCAAAAUCGGCUUCGCCGUACUAUUGGCUCAUUUGUUUGUCGAAGGUCACGUGUUCCUGUUACCGAACUACGAAUCGGCUAAUUUGGGCAACACCGUGUCUGAUUAUUUCUCAUAUUACGGUCUAAUGUACAUCAACAUCGGCUGUGGGUUCAUAUGCACCUACCUGGCGGGAAUGGCGUGUAAGCUUCAUAUGCAGGCCAUCUCCUUCGCAUUGCCUUUAAUGCUGGCGCCUGCUGGAGCCGUUACAGUGGUGUUGUGUCAGUGUUACUACCAGUUCAUGGACUUUGCGUGGUACACCACGGCCUGGCUCUGUCCCGAAAGAGACCUCUCUCAGCUGUGGAUUCCACUUACCGUCGCUGGGGUUCUCUGGCUGUCUAACAUGGUGAUUCUAUCUCACAUAUGGUUCCCACAGAACGAGCGGAUGGCAAAGCUUGACAGGAUGUUUGUGAUGCCGAACUACGACGGAAUCCUUACUGCCACUUCCUUAAUGAUGCGACGUCGACGCGACGACAAGGAGAGCUGGCUGAUGUUCCGUGAUCGGAUACAGCACGAGGAGACUGUCGGCUACAUGGGUGACACGCCGAUGAUUUACGUCUGCGCGACGAUGUGGCACGAGACCAGACGGGAAAUGACGCAAUUGCUGAAGUCCCUCUUCCGCCUUGAUUACGUUCACUGUGCCAGUCGCAUUGCACAAGAGCAGUUGAACAUUAAUGAUCCGGAUUAUUACGAUUUGGAAGUUCAUAUCAUUUUUGACGACGCGUUUGAGGACGACGACGAAAGUCAAAGUCGGGUGCCCAAUGGCUUUGUCAGGCAGUUAUGUGACUGUAUUCCAGACGCCGCCAGUUCCGUGGCUAAGGGCGCUAUCAACAUACCCGGUCCAGAGAGAUGCACAACGCCCUAUGGUGGACGACUGACGUGGACAAUGCCUGGAAACACCAAAAUGAUCGUCCACAUGAAGGACAAGAACAAGAUCAGGCACAGAAAGAGAUGGUCACAGGUCAUGUAUAUGUACUAUCUUCUCGGGUUUCAUCUGCUUGGAACUAAAGUGGCAGACAAAGCCAUGACUCAAGGUUUCGCUCAGUCUGACGCCGACGACAGCAAUCUGUCGACUGCAGCCAGACACCGGAAAAGGAGCAGCGACGCGAAGGCCGAGAAGAGACGACACCGAGCUGGACCUAUCAGUUCCAUGUUUAGACGGAUUGCUAGAGACAAAUUUGAAAAGGCUGAGAAUACUUUUAUUCUGACCUUGGACGGCGACGUUGACUUCAAACCGGAUGCUGUAAAGCUCUUGCUAGAUCGUAUGAAGAAAAAUAAGAAAGUCGGUGCUGUUUGUGGAAGGAUUCACCCAAUUGGUUCAGGCCCGAUGGUGUGGUACCAGCAGUUUGAGUACUCGGUGGGUCACUGGCUCCAGAAGGCCGCUGAGCACGUGUUCGGAUGUGUUCUCUGCUGCCCAGGCUGCUUCAGUUUGUUCCGUGGAUCAGCUCUUAUGGACGAUAAUGUGAUGAAGACGUAUACUACCAAACCUACCGAAGCGACCCAUUACAUCCAGUUCGAACAAGGUGAAGAUCGUUGGCUAUGUACACUGUUGCUGCAACAAGGACACAGAAUCGAUUACUGCGCAGGCGCGGAUGCUUUGACCUUUGCCCCGGAGACAUUUGAGGAAUUCUUCAACCAGAGGCGAAGAUGGUCGCCGUCGACAAUGGCGAACCAAGUUGAUCUUCUCUCCAGCUGGCGACCAACAGUUCAAGUUAACGACAACAUUAGCAAACUUUACAUCCUGUACCAGUUCGUGCUCAUGGCCUCGACGAUCCUGGCUCCAUCUACUGUUGUGCUGGUCAUCACCGGCUCCUUCUUCACCAUCUUGAAGAUCGGAAUCUGGCCAUCGUAUGCUCUCGCUGUACUACCGGUUCUCUUCUUCACAAUUAUCUGCAUGAAGUGCAAAACUAAAACCCAGCUGAAUGUGGCAGGAAUUUUGAGCGCCCUCUACACCGUCGUCAUGGUGAUCGUGACAGUCGGUACGAUUUUCAAUAUCGUCAAGGAAGAGUUCUCGAGUCCAAACGUUGUUUUCUUGACUGGAAUGGCAGCCAUUUUCUUGAUCGCUGGUAGCUUCCACCCGCAAGAGUUCACAUCAUUGAUCUACGGUAUACUGUAUUUCCUUACCGUCCCAUCCACUUUCAUCCUCCUGACAGUGUUCUACCUGUGCAACAUGCAUAACGUCUCUUGGGGAACGAGAGAAUUACCCAAGAAAAUGACGGCGGAGGAGUUGGCGGAUCAGCGGAAGGAGCUGCUAAAAAAGCAAGAGAGAAAACGCAACAAAGGUAUAUUGGGUUGGCUUGGGUUGGGCACAGUCGUCGAGGAAGUGAAGGACCUGGUCAGAGGUAUAAUGAAAAAUAAGGAUAGCAAAUCAGACGAAACCACCAAUCUGACUGCUGCGGAAGAGGGUGAAGCUAGUAGUCAGGAUGAACUCAUAGUGGAAAACACAUCUCGUUCGCCGGUCCUACCGCACGUCAACGUAGCGCACAGCUUCAGACAGGAGCGAGGCAUCCAAAACGUGGACUGGACAAAGGUUGACUACGUGGGCAGAGGCAGAACGGUCAAGAUCAACAGCUCAGAGAACGACUUUUGGGUGGACAUCAUCGGAAAGUACCUGCACCCUAUCGACGAAGACAAAGGCCACCAGCAGAAAAUCAAGGACGAUUUGAUUUCGUUGCGCAACAACGUCGUCUUCGCCUUCAUGCUCGUGAACUUUCUCUGGACAGUGAUCACGAUUCAACUGCAAGUUCUGGAGGACGAAAUCAAAGGGUUCUUCAUCGAAGGAAAGUACGAACCGCUCUCUCUACUCUUCCUAGCUAUUUUCGCCUUCAUCUUGUUGCUACAGUUCUUGGCCAUGUUCGCUCAUCGCUGGGGAACGUUUCUUCACUUGAUGUCCAGUACUCACAUCGACUGGUUCAGAAAUAACUUCGGGGAGGAGGAUUUUGUGAAGUUCGCCCUGGAGGAGACGAGGCGAUUGGCCACGGUGGAGCCUGAGCCAGAUUGUUCCGACGACGUAAGUGAUGACGAUUCCGGGUACAGAGAGCACGAGCCUGUACCGCGCGUUCAAGACGACAACGACGCCGACGUCCCGCAACUGCAGAAGCUCUUCGAGAGGAACAUUAGGCGCAUGACAAGCAGGCAGAAGAAGAAGGCACAUUUCAACGAGGAUCCUUCAUCUCCCGUUAAGCGAAAUGCCACGUUUAGUCGACACUCCAGAAAAAUCAGCAGUAAGAAACGCAAGAAUCAGCAAUAUCGCCUUGAACUUAUUAACAGGUCGGUGUCCAUGCGCAAUCCAGCGAAUCAGAACUCGACUGUGGUGAAUAUCGAGAGACCCAGCGUGAGGCAGUCACAGAGUAUAGAGGCUCAAACACGUAUCUGAAGGUCUUGAGUAAUGCAACCGUCUUAAUCAUUCACCUCAUCCCUGCCCCCACAUCCCCACCCGCGCAACGAUCAUCGGUUUGGAUGAUAAAACUAUGUCUUUCCCGUUCCUUGGGCGCCAAAAUCUACUGGCCGAUGUAAAGCUGAAAAAAAUAUCGUAUAGCAUUAAUAUAAAAUCAGGGAAAAAAACCUUAAUUUUGCACAACUCUAUUCUUUACAAUGUAUGACUUUCUUUGCUGUGAUAACGAGUUGACAAAAGAUAACAGAACUUGUCUCAGGACAGUGCCAAAUAAUCUAUGAAUACAUCUCGUACGAAACAAAAUGUCUGUAAAGUCACAGUUUGACACACCAGGUAGCUGGCAAGUAACAAUUUAAACGUUAAAUUUGUGUCUGAGAGAUCAGAAUCAUCAACAAACUCUCGCGCUGGAUGCGAGAUUCUCGCAGCAAUAUUCAUGACCUUCAGAUUCUUGCGCGUGCUUUCGACGACUGAUUCGGAAGACUGGAAACACAAUGCAUAUAAUGGUGCCAAAUCUAGUCGAAGUAAAUAUAUUUUAAUGCUCAAAUGCUGACAUAUUUAUGUAGAUAUACUUUUAUUUUUGUGCUUAAUAUCACUGUUUUUACGUUAUGUGUUGUCGUAAAAUAAAUACGUAUUG